AGUGUUGCUUUGAAACGCUGGAGAUGGGGGAGGGGGAUGUGAGUCCCUAGAUUUGCUAUCCUCCGUCCCUUGGGGCUUUGAGAUUGCACGUCUGGAGUUGGGUUUGACCCGGGACCUGCAGCCGGAAAUGACCCCAAGCCCUGCGGUGUAGGGAAGCAGAAACUACUCACUUAAUGUGUGAUCCUUCCCUGUAUAUCAUAAGUAAUGAGGAUAAAGACCCCACCUGCCAGAAUUGUUGUGCAGAUCGAAGCAGUUGAGCUAAAUUGAAAGAAGAGUAAAGACCUCUAAAAAAUCAUCUGGAAAUAUCCCUAAAUAUUUGUAACUGUGUAUAAGCAGCUAAAGAGAAGUAGGCCUCCAACAAAAUUAACUAAAUAAUUGAGGCAGGGUUUUGUGCGUGUCAUCAGUUCUAUCCAGAAGUUGAAGAAUCUUCCUUUGAGUUUAAGGAUUGUGUGCACUUAAUGAGAGAAUGCCUUUUCAGUUUAAUUUCACAAUAGAAGACCAUCUGGAAGAUGAAUUAAUACCCCUUGAAGAUGGAGCUUUGGCCCUGGAUUUCUCUAAAGAGUCUUCAGUCUCAGAAAGACAAAAAGGUAAACACAGUGAUAAAAAAUCUUCUACAGAACAGUUUGACUUGCUUCAGGAUCUUUUGUGGGAACAUCAGUCAGGGGGAAAUGCAGCUCCCUCUCAAGACACAGACCACUCACUCAAUGGAACGAACAGUUUAAGUAACCUGGAGCCAUAUGAAAAAAAGCCCUGCUUGAGAGUUGCCAAAGAACAUGCUCUGCCUAAAGAUUUAAAGAAAGUGUUAGAAAGUAAAGUCAUAGAAACAUUACCAGGCCUUCAGCAUGUUAACAUAUCAGUAGUGAAAACCAUCCUUUUGAAAGAUAACUUUUCUGGAGAAAACAUCAUUUCAAAAAGCUUUUCUUCUCACUCUGAUCUGAUUACAGGUGUUUAUGAAGGAGGUUUAAAAAUCUGGGAGUGUACCUUUGACCUCCUGGCCUAUUUUACAAAGGCCAAAGUGAAAUUUGCUGGGAAAAAAGUGUUGGACCUUGGUUGUGGUUCAGGGUUGCUGGGUAUAAUGGCAUUCAAGGGAGGGGCCAAAGAAAUUCAUUUUCAAGAUUAUAACAGUGUGGUGAUUGAUGAAGUAACUUUACCUAACGUAGUGGCUAACUCCACUUUGGAAGAUGAAGAAAAUGACCUAAAUGAGCCAGAUGUGAAAAGAUGCAGAAAAUCAAAAGUAGCACAAGAAUUAUGUAAAUGCCGGUUCUUUUCUGGGGAAUGGUCUGAGUUUUGUAAGCUUGUACUAAGCAGGGAAGAACUCUUUGAAAAAUAUGAUCUCAUUCUUACCUCAGAAACCAUUUACAAUCCUGAUUAUUAUGGUCCUUUGCACCAAACAUUCGUUAGAUUGUUAGGUAAAAAUGGUCGGGUGCUUAUGGCCAGCAAAGCACAUUAUUUUGGGGUGGGUGGAGGUAUUCAUCUCUUUCAGAAGUUUAUAGAGGAAAGGAAUGUAUUUGAGACUAGAACACUCGAAAUAAUUGAUGAAGGACUAAAGAGAUUCCUAAUUGAAAUGACUUUUAAAUACCCCAGUUAAUGUCCAUUGUUUCCUAAAUAAACAGAAUAAUGAAGACUUCGUUAUGAA